GCGGCCGCGUGUGCGGGGCGCCGGGACGGGCCGGCGGGGACGGGGCGCAGCGGCGAGGUGAGCGUGGCAGGCUAUGGGAUGGAUGAAGCUGAGCAGGACCAGUAUGAAGCUCGCCUCAAGGAGCUCUUCGACAGCUUCGACAGCACGGGCACGGGCUCCCUGGGCCAGGAGGAGCUCACUGACCUCUGCCACAUGCUGCACCUGGAGGAGGUGGCCCCGGCUCUACAACAGACCCUGCUCCAAGGAAACCUCCUAGGCAGGGUCCACUUUGAUCAGUUUAAAGAAGCACUUAUCCUCAUCUUAUCCAGAACCCUGUCCAAUGAACAGCACUUCCAAGAACCAGAUUCSUCCCCGGAAGCACAGCCCAAGUACAUCAAAGGUGGCAAACGCUACGGCCGGCGUUCCCUGCCRGAGUUCCAGGAGUCGGUGGAGGAUUUUGCUGAGGUGACGGUCAUCGAGCCACUGAGCGAGGAAACACAUCCUGCACAUAUUGCUUCCAGCCAGGAGCAUUGGAAGACGCGAGGCAGCGAGGAGUACGAGGCUGAGGGACAGCUGCGCUUCUGGAACCCGGAUGACCUGAACGCCUCCCCUGGYGCCUCACCGAGCCCAGACUGGAUCGAGGAGAAACUCCAGGAGGUUUGUGAGCACCUGGGGAUCACCAGGGAUGGCCACCUGAACAGGAAGAAGCUGAUUUCCAUCUGUGAGCAGUACGGGCUGCACGCGGCUGCUGGGGAGGUGCUUGAGGAGGUGCUCCAUAACCUGGAKCAGGAUGGGACCAUGAGCAUCGAGGAUUUCUUUUAUGGCCUGUUUAGAAACGGGAAAUCUCUGACCCCUUCAGCAUCUACUCCGUACCGGCAGUUGAAACGGCACCUCUCCAUGCAGUCCUUCGAYGAGAGCGGCAGACGCACCACCACCCCCUCGGCCAUGCCCAGCACCAUCGGCUUCUCCCUCUUCUCCAGCCUGGAUGAUGGCAUGGGCUACGGCUGUGUGGAGGGGGUGCUGGAUUGCUGGCACCAGGAGGGCAUYGAGAACAGCCAGGAGAUCCUCAAGGCUCUGGACUUCAGCCUGGAUGGRAAGGUGAACCUGACAGAGCUGACGUUGGCACUGGAGAAUGAGCUGCUCAUCACCAAGAAUGGGGUGCACCAGGCAGCCCUGGCCAGCUUCAAAAUGGAGAUCAGGCACUUGAUGGAGAGGUUUGACCAAGUGGCCAGGGAGAAGGAGAAGCUUCGGUCAGACCUGGAGAAGGCAGAGAAGCUGAAAUCCCUGAUGGCCUCRGAGGUGGACGAUCACCACGCCGCCAUUGAGCGCCGCAACGAGUACAACCUCAGGAAGCUGGACGAGGAGUACAAGGAGCGCAUCGCCGCUCUGAAGAAUGAGCUUCGCAGAGAGCGGGAGCAGAUCCUGCAGCAGGCCAGCAAACAGAGGCUGGAGCUGGAGCAGGAGAUUGAGAAGCUGAAAACAGAUGAGAAUUACAUCCGGGAUCGCCUGGCCCUGUCCCUGAAGGAAAACACCCGCCUGGAAAACGAGCUGUUGGAAACAGGAGAAAAACUGGCCGAGUGUGAAAGCCUGGCAAGCAAACUGCAGAGGAACUUGGAAAAUGUCCUGGCUGAGAAGUUUGGGGACCUGGAUCCCGGCAGUGCUGAGUUUUUCCUGCAGGAGGAGAGGCUGGCCCAGAUGAGGAGCGAGUACGAGCAGCAGUGCAGAGAGCUGCAGGACCAGAUUGAUGAGCUGCACUCAGAGCUACAGGAGUACCGUGCCCACGGCAAAGUGCUCCGACCUCCCCUGAAAAAUUCCCUGUCAGAAGAGUUUGACUUUGACAUGAAGAGUCAUGGCAACGGUGGGAUCGAGCCUGACCAAGGACUCGGUUCGGAAGACUGCAACCCAUUAAAUAUGAGCAUAGAGGCAGAAAUGGCCAUUGAGCAGAUGAAGGAGCAGCACCACAGGGAUCUGCAUCACCUCAAACAGGAGCUUGAGGACACAGUGAGCCAUUAUGAAAAGCAGCUGGAUGAGACAAAAGCCCAYUGGGAAAAGGAGCAGGAGGAUAUGAGGCAGAAGUACACUGAGGAGAUGAAUGUCAUGGAGGAGCAGAUCACUGKCCUUAAAAAUCAAAUAGCAGAGCUGCAAGGAGAGGCUGCAGUGCUCAGGGAGCAGCAGGAAAAGCUUGACUGUAAAUACAACGAGGAGAAAAACAAAUUGCAGCUGCAUUUCGAUGAGGAAAAAGCCAACCUGCAGGAACUGCUGAGGCAGGAGCAUGAAGAUGAUGUCAGGGCCAGGCUGGAGCAGGUGAACGAGAAGUUCAGGCAAGAACGGGAGGAGCUGAUCCAGAAGAGCGUGUGGGUGGAGGAAAAGAUGAGAGUCCUGGUGCAGAGUCUGCAGGAGGAGAAGGGGGAGCUGGAACGGGGCUUCCACGAGCAGGUGAAGAGGCUGGCAGAGAUGCACGCCCUGGAGAAGGAGGAGCUCCAGGAAGAGCUGCUGAGGAAGCACCAGCAGGAGCUGGAGGRGGAAAGGAAAACCAUGGCCAGUGACUAUAACAGAAGAGCAUCUCAUGCCCAAACUCAGUUUUCUGAGGACACACAAACUCUUGUGAAUAAAUAUGAAGCAUCUCUCCAGAGCCUGGAAGGACGUUACCAGCGAGAGCUGCAGGAGCUCGCUGAGCAGCAGAGAGAGGAGAAAUCCCAGUGGGAAUUUGAGAGGGAUGAAAUUGCUCAGGAGGCUGCUGAAGCCCACGAGCAGCUGAAGGAAAGMUUGGCCAGUGAAAAGGCUGUUUCUUCUGCCCUGAGCCAGGAGAAGGAUCUCCUGGAGAAAAACUUCAAGGAAGAAGUGAACAAGCUGGUGUGUGAGAAGGAGCAGCUGCAGAAGGAGCUGCGAGAGCUGAGGGAUGCUGCCUGGGAGAGGGAGGAAAAGCUGAAUGAGAAAAUAACUCAACUCCAAAAUGACCACAAAAAUGAGCUGAAGGAGAAAGAUGAACACGUAUCCACAGUGGAGCAAAAUGGGAAGCUGUUUAAGGAAAAGCUGGAGAGACUGGACAGUGAGUAYAAGCAAGAGAAGGAAGAGCUCAAUUCAAAGCUCCUUGCCUUGGAGAGUUURAACAAAGACAUUUGUGAAAGAGCAGAGACAGAAAAGGCCGAGAUGAGUUUGGAAAUCUCCGACCUCCGAGGGAAAAUACAGAAAUUGCAGUGGGAAACACAGAGUUUUUCYGCCCUGCAGAGCCAUUACAGGGUCCUGGAGAGCGAGUACGCGAAAGCCAAGAGCCAGCUCGCUGCUUUCCCUGGARCAGCUCCUCUGGGAGAGGACGGGGAUGUUCUCCAAAACCUGCAGAAGGUGCACGAGCAGGCGGUGAAGGAGAAUGUCAGGAUGGCUGCUCACAUCCUGAGGCUGCAGCACCGGCUGGAUGCAGCGGAGCGGGAGCGACCUCCCAGUCCCGGCUGCUCCCGCUGCGGCUCGGAACCGGAGGAGAUGGAUGCCAGCUUUGAAGGGUUACCCAGGGAUUGCCAAGAUACGGCCACGGGAGCAGAUUUCAGUGCCCUUCCACCUUUGGAGGGUGAUGCUACAGAUCUGGAAGAAAUGUCAGAGAUGGAUUCGGAUUUGGAGAAGGGAUGUGUGACAGCCAGAGCUGGCGGCCACCCUGAGGCACAGGAGUGUUGGAUCCAAGGAAAUCAAACAGCUCUGGAUGCUGAUGGCAGCCAGGAUUGUGACAAGAACCAAGAGCUCCUUCCCUGGGGGCCUCUGCUGCCAAAAAUGAGAGAUCUGGAGAAAGUUCCCAGGCCAAAACCGCUACACAACRAUAUCAAACAGCAGAAGGUUCAUCCACUAUAUCACAGGAUAGCUCCCAAAAAUCAAGGGUUUGUUUCUGAUGCUUUGAAGCUGCAGGUGGAGCUGGAGAAGGCUGAAGAACUGAGCGAAGCCUCUGUCCUGUUGGAUCACACUCCUGGAGCAGCAAAUGGUGACCUGAAGAGUGUCCUAGCUCAGCUUUGGAAAAGGGUGGAAGAGCUGGAAGACAGAUCCAUGGCYCAGGCUGAGCUCCUGUCACUGCAAGAAGAAAUUCAGAUGGAAAACGAGGAUCUGAGAGCUGAAAUGAUCCARUUAAUUGAAAAAAAUAAAGCCCUGGAAGACAAUCUGCACAGGCUGAGAAGGCUUCAUUGUGAACAAGAAGAAAGUGAGGUGGAAAGCGUGAAGUUUGAAAAGGAGAACACCGAGUUCCUCCAGAAGGUUGAAGGGUUGGAAGAUGCUGAAGGGUUGGAAGAUGCUGAAGGGUUGGAAGAUGCUGAAGGGUUGGAAGAUGUCCAAUAUGCUCAAGGAAACGCAGAUGUGCCCGGUGCCACAAGAGGUGGGACAAUGGAAGAACAUCCCACUGCAUUUACGGGCCAGCGGGACAAGAACGCCCAAAGCGCCAGCGCAGUGAUGGAAGCAGGAAAAGCACGAAUGGGCGAUCCAAAGGCAAAGGAGGAGGCUCUGGGUCACCCAGAGGCAGAGGAGAGGAAGGCAGUGACCCAGGGCCUGCAGAGCACGUGCACCGAGCUGCAGCACAAAGUUGUCCUGCUGAGGUGUGAGGCCGAGAAGCUCCGUGAGGAAAAUGCUGUUCUGAAAAACGAAGUGACUUUAUUAAAUGAGGAAGGCAGCGCYUCCAGCCUGAAACUGAGGGAGCUGAAUGGAUCCAGGGAAGAAAUGAGGCAAAAGAUUGAGGCUGUGAGAAAGGAGAAGGUGGCUGUGCAGAAGAUGGUUGACAACCUGAAAAAGCAGGUGGCGGAUCUAAAGACCAGGAACCAACAGCUGGACUCUGAAAACACAGAACUCAGCCAGAGGAACUCCAAAAACCAAGCAGAUGUGCAGGAUCUCAAUCAACAGCUGGCAAGGGUGCUGAAGCAAAAGGAAAGGGAAGAGGGAAAGUGUACCCUGGAAGARUGGGAAAAGGAGAGGCUGCUUCUGAAAGAGGAACUGGAAAACUCCAAAGCAGAGUCAUCAAGUAUGGUGUCAUCUUUGGAGAUGGAGGUGUCAAAAAUGAAGGUUCAAGCUCAUCUGCUGGAGCAGGAGAACCACAUCCUCAAGCAGGAGCUGGAGAAGACAAAACAGCUGCCCAGAGGCCCUGAUCUCUCUGACCUUCAAAAUGAAGUUUCAAGCUUAAUCACUAAAAAUGAAAAGCUGCAGCAAGAGAAAGAAGCCCUGAGCGAGGAACUGAACAGAUGUAUUGAUAAGGCAGCUCAGGUCAGCUGCUUGGAGAGCGCCAUCGGCAGCUUGAARCAGGAGCAGAAAUCCUGGGAGCAGCAGAGCCAGGCACUGAAAGCACAGCUCAGCAUCUCCCAGGACAAGGUUCAGAGCCUCGAUGAAACUCUGCAGAGCACCAACCUCCAACUGUCCCGGCUGAAAUCCGACCUGCGGGUGACACAACAGGAGAAGGAAACUCUGAAACAAGAAGUGAUUUCAUUGCACAAAUUGCUGAAUGCCAGUGAAAAGAACCGGGUUCUGGAAGUGGCUGUGCCUCCCUCAGGGCUGCAGGACCAGCAGGGGCCACGGCACUGGGAUGAGCUGGAGCAGCCACCGGACCAGGAGCAGAGGCUGCUCAGGCAGGAGAACGAGAGGCUGCAGAGGGAAGUGCAGAGCACUAAAACAGACCUGGCUCACUCCAGGGAAAAGAUCCGACAGCUGGAAUCCACAAUCCUUUCCCUAAAGCACCAAAAGCAUCAAAGCCAGUCAGGGAUUGUCAAAGCCAUCGAGCAGGAGAAGCUGAGCUUGAAGAGAGAGUGUGAACAGCUUCAGAAAGAGCUGUCAUCUGCCAACAGGAAGAUCAGUCAGAUGAAUUCUCUUGAACGUGAACUGGAAACCAGCUCAGAAAAUGAAGGGCUGAGAAAGAAGCAAGUCAAGCUGGAUGAUCAAUUAAUGGAGAUGCUCCAGUCGGGCGGGAUGCGUAGCCAGAGCCCGCACUCCCGGGAGCUCCAGCAGCAAGGCUGUGCCACGGUGCCCAAGGAACAAUUCCUGCAGCUCCAACACCAACUUCUCCAGGCAGAGAGGAGGAGCCAACGMCUCCAGGAAGAGCUCGAGAGCAGACCCUCGGGGACAAACAUGCAGCAGGGGGGUCAUGAGCAGCUUCUAAAAAUGAUGGAAGAGAGGAUGAUGGAUGUGGAGCAGAAACUAAGGCUGGUGAAGAGGCUUCUCCAAGAUAAAGUAAAUCAGCUGAAAGAGCAACUCUCCAAGAACACAAAAGCAGAUGCCAUGGUCAAGGAUCUCUACGUGGAGAACGCRCAGCUGCUGAAGGCUCUGGAGGUGACGGAGCAGCGGCAGAAAAGCGCCGAGAGGAAGAAUUAUUUGCUGGAAGAGAAAAUUGCCAACCUCAACAGAAUUGUGAAGAAUUUGGCAUCCCCCUCGUUCAGCCCAGCAGCAGAGAUAAGGUCAUAGCAAAGCUGUUCUGUGUGGCACAGCCCCRUGCACUUUACUGAAAUGGGAAUAUUUCAGCUUCUCACUGCGUUGCCUUUUUUUAACUGAAUGAGUUUUGGUUUCAAAUGCCUCCCAGGAGAGCACAGAGCUAAUUCCCAAACUGGACACUGCCAAAUGAGAAUUUUGUUUGAUUCCAAAUUGGUUUUCUGCUAAGUUAUGAUCACUACGUAAAAAAAACCCCAUGUUUUUCUCGGUGGGUUUAAUUUAAAAUCCAAAUUCUGAAUUUCCUGUACUGGAYCAUUUAGAUUGAAGCCAAGGCCUAAAGCAAACUUACAUUCUUGAACUCAAAACUUAACUAUAUUUUCAGCUUUCUAAAAUAUUUCAUGCUCCAAACUUAGAAAAGCUGAUGGGUUAGUCUUCAACACUGUCAGCAGAAAUUUUAUUGGUAUGGGCUGUGUCCUGUAAACUGAUUCUGGCUUCUUUAAGGCAAUUAUUCAUUAGGAUUCUGGGUUGUUCUUCAUGGCUGUUUCUCUGCAGAGCUCAGGAACAAAAGUUUAUUUAAAAUACAUAACUAGACUACUGCCUCCAAACUAAGUGUGACAGUAUUUCAUCUGAGGAAAUUUCCCAGCUAGCAAAUAAAGACUUUUUUUUUAAAGCUGUGCUGCCAGACAACUCUGAAUUAUAGAGGCCUUACUGGUUUUGUAUAUGGAAAUAAGUUAUACUAAACCAAGGAAGAGUCACUCAACUGAAGCAAAUGUGGGAGUUUUGUUUAUAUGAUUYGUAAAUUCAGGAAAGCAGUGCAGUAUAUUUAUUAAAGAGCUGGCAAGAAAAUGAAGAGAGCACUUGGAUGAUUUGUCAGUGGGAUCCUGUUGUUGGAAUCCUCACGAACGUGGAGCUUUGCCACGAAUGCAGCAUUUCUUUGGACCCGAGGAAUCAUUUGGAAAAGUCUGUCUUUUGUGUUAAUCCUAGUACAGAAUCUGUCAUUAAUUGUGAAGAAACCCAUUCAUUGUGAUUAUGAAAAACUCAGGGAAUAACAGCCUAAAGCUUCCUUCAGCUAUAAAUGUGAGUAUUAAUGUCAGCAGAGGGAGAUAAACACACAUUAGGGAAAGCAGGAUAAACCAAAUUGGAUUUGGGUGGGAAUUACCUUGGUGCUCCUUACCCAAAUGCAGAGGAGCAUCAAGGUUUGCAGUAAGAGGUGGCAGCUCCUUUUGGAUCAGUGGARAAGGCUGGAAGUUUUUUGGGAAUUCCUUCAGGACACAGGGGUUUGGCAGAGAACAGCUGGAAAGGGUUUGUGUGUUAACCUUCCCUGCUUMUCUCAGACCAGUAAGACACAAUUAAAACACUGCAAAUCAAACUGGUGACAGGGGCUGUACUGGAGUACUUGAAACUGGGCCUCUUUAAAUGCAUGUGAGGAGGSAGAGGAAAAAGUGAUAAUUCUGUCAUGAGCCAAAAGUCCUCCAGGAACUGGGACAGCACUGCCCGCAGGCUGUGGAGGAACCUGUGGAAAAUGAGUUUUAUUGUGUAUUGAUGUGGCUGUAGACGAUGUUCCCUGUGUCUCUGGGGUUCCUUUCCAAUUUUGGAAGGUUUAUGGACUGAACUAAACACAGGAUGGGACCUUUUUCUCCUCCACUGCUUUGUGCAGGCAACAAARUGGAAAUGGGAAUGCAAUCAUGGGAGAGCAUCAUGUCGGAGAAUCAGAGUCCUUAUAAAUUAUUUCACUGCUGUGCUCUUCUAAAUGCUUGGAGUAGGGAUUUCUCCAAGUCCUCUCAAAUUCAAGAGAUUUACAGAUUUUUUAGAGGCUGUAGAGAUAUUUUCACAAAUUGGAAAUGUCUCAAAUUUGUAGAAAUCUGAGGGUUUAAAGAGCUGAAGGAGUGAUUUCUUGCUAUUUUCACUAUUAAUCACCAUAAAUCUCUGUGYGGGUACCAGGGCUGUGGGAACAGAGCACACCCUAAACCCAUGCUGUGGAAAGUUCCAAAAUMUCUCCAGGAAACAAAAGAAAUGAGGUUCAGAACUGUAUUUGGAAAAAUAUUAAUUCCUACUACAUUUUAACACUACUUCAUACCUUGACCUUGAUUUACUUCUGUCUGUGACCAAAGUUUAAAAGGAAGGAAUGAAUAUUUCACUUAAAUAAUUGUGCAAUUACUUUCAGAUUGCUCAAUUUUAAAGGCUGGACUACUUAACUAAUUCCUUUAAUCUCCUGGUAUUUAUGAAGCUUUUAUAAACCAAACAUACAGACAUUGCUAGAGCACAGCACCAAAAAAGGGAGUUGGGAGAAGGGAGAAACAGGGAAAAGGGAUUUUUUGGCUUUUCCCUUUCUCUUGUAUCCUACUUUGUUCUAUUUUUCUUCCACUAAACUUAAAAAAAAAAAAAA